GAAGCAUCGAAUCAACUUCCUUCGUGAAUCCGAAGCUCGUGCCGCAGAUGGCGGAUGCUUCGGAUGUGCUCAAGUCAUGCGUCACAGAGCAUCCGGACGUGCGCUUCCCAGUGCUCGUCCCCAACCUCCGCGGUUUGGAGGCGGCCCUGGCAGCAGGAGCAAAGGAGGUCACCCUCCUUGCUGCCGCCAGCGACACCUUCGCCCAAAAGAACACGAACUGCACUGUCGAAGAGAACUUGGAGAGAGCCAGGGCAGUCAUGGAACGAGCACAGCAAGCUAGUUGCUCGGUCCGUGCGGCCAUCUCUGUCUGCCUCGGAUGCCCCUACGAGGGCGAGGUGCCUCCCAGACAAGUGGCCAAGGUGGCUGCGCGCCUUCAUGAGGCAGGCUGCGAGGAGCUUCUGAUUUGCGACACGACAGGCGUGGGUACGGCAGCCGGAGUGCGCCGGGUCCUGGAGGAGGUUGCAGGUGCGGGUGUCCCCAUGGAACAAAUUGGGGUCCAUUUCCACGACACCUAUGGCCAGGCGGUGGCCAACACUUUAGCAGCGCUGCAAUUCGGAGUUCUCCGCGUUGACGCCGCUGCUGGCGGCGUGGGCGGCUGCCCUUUUGCAGGGCCAGGAGCCAGCGGCAAUGUCGCUACCGAGGACGUGUUAAGACUGCUAGAGGGUCUUGGGGUCGAAACUGGCAUCCAACCCUUGGCUUUGGCACAGACCGGGCAGUGGCUGACGGUUCAUAUCCUCGGGAAGGAGAACGGCGCGAAGGCGGGGCCAGCGCUUCUUCGCGCAGAAGGCUCGGCGGAGACCCCGGCCCAGAGGUCCAAGGAGCCUUCGACGUCGAGGCCCCUCCAGGGCCUCAAGGUUUUGGAGGUGGGACCAGGCCUCGUUGCAGGAGGUUGGACAGGGGCGACUUUGGCCUACUUUGGUGCCGAGGUGGUGAAAGUGGCCUCCCCAGCUCAAAAUAGCGCACUCUGUUUCAAGCUGCCUGCACUUGCUGCAAAGAUGGCCCGCUCCCGCUCCGUCACUGGUGCCAUCGUGACUGCACUGGGCCUUGGCUUUGUAGCCUCUCAGCUUGGCGGUGCCUUCGUGGGAUCCUCCCCGCAGCGGGGAGGCCCUCAGGUGGUGCGGCAUGUGGGCGUGGACUAUCUUCUGCGCAACGGCCCCAAGGAUGCCGACCCUCCUCUUAUGGACCCCAACACCGCCUCAGGUGCCACCCACGAGAUCGAGUUCAAGAAGAAGCCUUUCGGAAUCCUGCGCUACGCGCCCGGAGCGGGCGGCAACGGUGCCGUGGUCCGUGAAGUGAAGCAGGAGUCCCGCUACCCGGGUGACCCACAGGGCCAGGCUUUCGUGGCCGGGGUCCAGCCGGGUUGGGUCGUGGCCUCCGUGAACGGCCAGGAUGCGAAGAACAUCAAGUUCGAAGACCUCAUGGAGUUCAUGGACGACGAGGUGCUGGACCCUGUGGCAGCCCUGUCCCUGAACUUGAAGGAGAACGGCGUCUCCUCCGAAGGUAAGGGCAUCGGCGAGAGCACUUUCACCUUUGGUGGUGGCAACCUCGCCCCACUGCCCAUCAAGGUUGUGUACCAGGAGCCGUGA